AAAGAACUGCUUCCAUACCAAUAACAUCUCCAAGCUCGACUUCGAUCCGCCAUUGGAGCAAAAUGGAGUUCGUCUCCUGCUCGUUUGCGCCAGGAACUGGAACUGGGCAGAAAAAGGGUUCGGAAAUCUCAUUUUCCGUUUUCACGUUUGUUUCUCAAGAAACAUCGAGGUUUUGGGGGGGGGGCCUUAUAUUCCACUGAAACGGCGCCGUCUCCCUUGUUGACUCUUUUAUUGGGGUUACCUGAUUUAGAUUUACAGAGGCAUGCCCGCAUUGCGGCACCAGGCAGUUAAAAAGGACAAAUCAGAGGAUUCUUAUUACAGUGUCGGAUUCAUUCUAUUCUACUUCUGGAAUCGCGGGUGCGUGCGUCGUUACAGUUCCUGAAAUUGUUUGGCUUUCCAGAUUUGGGGAGGUGGAGGGAAUCACAAAGGUCGGAGCUUGGAAACCUCAAGCGACACACACAUAUGUCCCAAAUUCUAACCAAUCAAGGAAAAGGAACACAAAGAGAGCAAACAGCCGCCGCACGGAAAGCCGUCGUCACCCCUAUUCCCCCCAGCAAAGCAAGAUUUAUUCCUUCCUCUUUAAGGCAGGCAGGUGCGAUCCCAAACUACCCCCAAUAAGAUCAUUCCAACUUCCCAUUUCGAGUUCGUGCUUUCUGUGUGGGGUUGCUCUUUCCUGGGCCUUUCUCACACGCUGGAGUUGAGUAAUCCGCUUUCAGCACGUUAUUUUGGAUUAAAGCAAAUCCUGCUUCGACUCUGCUAUUGCAUCGCAGAUGUAGUCUGCAAUAUGAAAUUGGAAGUCUUGCUGAUCUGAUUUUCGAUGUAAAGUUUCAUCCUUUAUGGUAUGCCUCAUAAAUGGUUGACCAGGAAGCUGAUUUUCUUGCCACCAUCUUUGUUUCUUUCUUAUUUUUUUCCUUGAGAUCGUUGCCUUGUGCCUUGAACGUCAAAUUCCCUGUUAGCCCAAUUCAAGCCAAUCCUAGGAUGUGAUUUUGGACUUGGUAAUGAACAGAACUAGAUUGGCUGUUUAACUUUGAUUUGAAUUCACUUGGUGGGUUGAUUCCAAUGGAAACCUUAAAGGUCUGUUAUGUACUGCCUUCCAAUAACAGUGUGAUUGAUUGCAAUUCCUUUGUUGUUUUUCCUUGAUGCAGAAAGUAUAUUAGAGUUUGGCAGCCUGGUUACAUUAUCAGCUAAGAAGGGCAGAGUUUAUGUUUGAGAACUGAAAUAAUAGCUGUUGCUUCUUUAAACAGUAGAUAUGGAAACAGUUACCUUUGAGUUAGAAAUAAGUCAUGUUGUGGCAGAAAGGAAGGAAACACCAACGAAUCGGGAAAAUGUUGAUAGUACUAGUGCUACGGAAAAGGUCGAAGCAGUGGAACAGCAGUCACUGCAACUACGAGCAGUGUCGAUGGUUCUGAAGAAACCAUCAUGUUUCCAUUUUAUUUAAGGUUUCCUUCACAAUGUUCUAGGAGGAAAAAGCUGCUUAUUCUUGAUUUGAAUGGGCUACUUGUCGAUGUAGUUACUUGUCCUCCAAAGGACCGUACUCCAGACAAAAGGGUUGGAUUUCGAUCAUUUUUUGUAAGGCCGUAUUAUCUGGAUUUUCUCAAUUUUUGCUUUCGGAAAUUUGAAGUAGCUGUAUGGUCAUCAAGAACAAGAAAGAACAUCAGUAUCUUGAUUGAUUACUUGUUUGGAGAUUUGAAGAACAGUUUGUUAUUUUGUUGGGAUCUAUCCCAUUGCACAACAACACAGUUCAAGACAGUAGAGAACAAGCACAAACCUCUGGUAUUCAAAGAACUGACAAAGGUUUGGAAUAAAGAGGACCCUCAACUUCCAUGGGAGAGAGGGUACUUCAAUGAAUCAAACACAUUGUUGGUGGAUGAUUCUCCCUAUAAAGCAUUACUUAAUCCUGCUAACUCUGGCAUCCAUCCUGAUCCCUACAGCUAUGAGGAUCUCAACGAUAACUCACUAGGUGUUGAUGGUGACUUAAGAGUAUAUCUUGAGCAGUUAUCCGAAGCUGUUAAUGUACAGAAGUUUGUUGCGACCAACCCAUUUGGUCAAAAGCCUGUUGCUGAAGGGAAUGCAGAAUGGAGCUUCUACCAUGAAGUUAUAAGCACAUUGUAUCCUUCCCGAGUUGAAGGCAGGAAAUACGUCUCUUCGGUGUUAACUUGAUGGAAGGAAGUCCUGUAGGUGCAUAGAAGAAGUAGCCAAAAAAUUUCCUCCAGUCAUUUGCAUAUAGACGAACCCUUGAUUGAAUAGUUGAAUGACAACUACAAGAGACCUGCAAUUUCUUCAGUAAACUUUGCUUUUGGAGAAAACAAAGAAGAUUACGCUAGAAGUUGCACACAGGUCUUUCAGUGGGGGGGAAUUCCACAUUGCUACAUGGCUUGUUGAAUGUUUCCCUAGCUGUUGGGUUUAGCUAUUUUCCAUUACAUGAUAAAU